AUGGCUUUCUUAAUCGAAAAUGGGGAAAAUUGGUCCGCCACCGAGGAUCUCAUGCAACAUACCAAUUUGCCUUUUACUGAUCGGGUGAUGAGGUUUCCAAUGCCCAGCAGUUUUAAGGUGCCUCGGAUCGGCGAGUAUGACAGAAGUGGAGAUCCUUCCGAUCACAUGGAAAGCUUCCAAGCUCACAUCAUCCUUCAUGAAACUCCUGACGAGAUUGCUUGCCGAGCCUUCCCGUUAACUCUAAGGGGAGUUGCCAAAGAAUGGUUUGGAAGUCUGAGUCCUAAAUCUGUUGAUAAUUUUGAUUAUCUUGGGCAGCAGUUCUUAGGACAAUUUCUUGCCGUUCGAAGGAGAAAGAAGAAUCCAGCGUAUCUAUUGUCCUUAGUACAAGGAAAGAACGAGUCCUUGAAAGAUUAUUUGUUGCGGUUCAAUCGGGAGAAGCUGGCAGUGGAGGGUACUAACGAGCAAACUGUUCUUUCAGCAUUGAUGCACGGUAUACAGAUUGAAGGGCCUUUAAUGGCCGAGUUGUCCAAAAGGCCAAAAACAGGAACUUUACGACUGUUCAACAGCAAGGCAGAGGAGUUCAUCAACCAGGAAGAGACUAUCUCAGCGUUGCUGAAGUCUAAAGCUAUUGAGAACAAACUGCCAUUGAUCCAGGUGUUCAUGGAAGUUAAGAAGGAUCCAAGCUUCCGAUGGCCAGGAAGGAUGAAGUCUCCUCCCCAGAACCAUAAUGCUCGGAAAUUUUGUGAGUAUCAUAAUGAUCAUGGGCAUCAGACCGAGGAUUGUAUCAGUCUUAGGUUCGAGAUUGAAAAAUUUCUAAGGAAUGGAAAGUUGCUGAAUUUCUUGGCUGAAGAAAAUGGCAAAGGGAAGAGCUCCCAGGAUGGUCAGGGUCAGCAUUCGGGAUAG